CCAGCAUUUUGACGAGCUGCUCUUGAGAAGUUCAUCAGACCCCAGUCAUUCAUACCUAAUUUCUUCAGAGAUGGCCUACCCAACAACACUAGAGUUAAUUGGUGGUCAAGGAGGUUCUUCAUUUUCAUUUACUGGUGAAAAAAAUGGUGCCAGUUUAGAGAAGAUCUGGGUUUGGGUGGGAGAAUGGCAGAUCAGGGCUAUCAGGGCUUGGCUUUCAGAUGGUAGAAAUAAAACCUUUGGAGAACCAUCUGGAUCACAUCAAGAGUAUGUGUUUUCACCUGGAGAGCUUUUCACCUCACUGUCCCUCUGGGGGAACGGAGCAGGAACACGUCUCGGAGCCAUCAAAUUCAUAACUAGUAAGGGUAAUGAAUUUUUUGUAAAGAUGACAAAGUGGGGAUUAAAACAAGAAUAUCCCAUUGAUGUCGGCUCUGGUUAUUGUCUUGGCAUCGUUGGAAGAUCAGGUGCAGACAUCGACUGCAUGGGGUUCAUGUUUCUCUAUGCAGUUCAGUCAUCAGUUCUCACCAAUGUCAACUAUCCCACCAUCAACCAGCAGAUCCCAAAGGUGGCUGUAGAAGAUAUCAAUUCCAUUACUUUUGACAACAACACAUCUGUUAACCAAAACAAAGCUCUCGCAAGCUCAAAUACAGUGAUCAAAACAUGUUCAUGGUCAAUGACUUCCAGCUUUUCAUCAACAUUCAGUGUGGGGGUGAAGGCUGGGAUUCCAGACGUUGCAGAAGGUUCUAUGGGAUUCAGUUUCAGUCUUGGAUCUGAACACACCUAUGGUCUGGAGGAGACGGAUGAGAGAAAUGAAACUCUGGUUACCUCUGUGAAUAUUCCACCACAGAAGAAGGUGGAUGUUGGCAUCACCAUUGGCAGAGCAACUUUUGACCUGCCGUACACUGGCACAGUGAAGAUCACUUGCAAGAAUGGCAGUGAGUUACAGUACGAAACCAAGGGCAUAUACAAAGGCGUCACUUACACUGAUAUCAAAGUGAAAACAGUAGAAAAAGAUUUGUAAUGUCAAGAUGGAGCAGAUUAUCAGCUGAUUUACCUUUGAUUGAGUUUUGUCUGCACUCUCAUUCCUCUAGUCCAAUUUAAAUGAGUCUUCGCCUUUUGAUUUUAUAAAGAAGAAAUAUAUACUCAGCAUUGUCUUUUUCAAAUAUUCUUUUCAGAUUAUGUUGCAAAUUGGUCAUAGAGUUUCAUAGUUUCAGAAAUUUUGUCACAGAUCAUGUGGUGUUCUUCAUGUAAUAAUUAAAUGUUUAAUCAAACAUUCAAUAAAAAGCAUUGCAUU